CUCGCAGUUCCAUUACGCACAGGGGAGCGCUCACAUGCUCCACCGGACGCGCUCUCCUGUCAGAAUGGAGCAGCGCGGAGCAGCAGCGACGGUGACUGAUGAGCCUUCAGCAACUCCAGCACCUUGCAAGGCCAACACUUUACUUCCCGACUGUGCGUAAAGCGCAUUAGUGUCCAAACGCUCAUGAUAUGGCUUGCGUCAUUCCGGGACUUCGCGGAGGGAGGAGCGCGUCUUCGCGUCCAAUAAAGUUCUAUAACCUCUCCUGUGAAGACAUUUAGACUUUUUCCUCUCUCUUUUUUCUUUCUUUUUUUGCACUGAACAUUGGGGAAGCGCUGCCCAUCAUGGCCGCUGCAUCCUGAGGGGAGAUGGAUUUGGAGGUGAAGGAUGCGAACGCCUCGGACUGCCCGCGGAAUGAGAGCGGCUGCGAGCUGAGCGCGUCUUCCGGCGGAGUGUCCACAGCGCUGGCCAGCGUGCUGAUCUUUACCAUCGUGGUGGACAUCCUGGGAAACGUGCUGGUCAUCCUGUCCGUGUACAGGAACAAAAAGCUCAGGAACGCAGGUAACCUCUUCGUGGUGAGCUUGUCUGUAGCGGACCUGGUGGUAGCGCUGUACCCGUACCCUCUGGUGCUAACAGCGAUCUUCCACAAUGACUGGACCAUGGGAGACCUGCACUGUCAGGCCAGUGGCUUCAUCAUGGGCCUGAGCGUAAUAGGCUCCAUAUUCAACAUCACCGCCAUCGCCAUCAACCGUUACUGCUACAUCUGUCACAGCCUCCACUAUGACCGCCUGUACAGCCUGAGGAACACCUGCUGCUACCUGGGCCUCACCUGGUUGCUCACCGCCAUCGCCACAGUGCCCAACUUUUUCGUCGGCUCUCUGCAGUACGACCCCCGCGUCUACUCCUGCACCUUCGCUCAGACCGUCAGCUCGUACUAUACCAUCUCAGUGGUGGUCAUCCACUUCCUGAUCCCGCUGCUGGUCGUGUCCUACUGCUACAUGCGGAUAUGGGUUCUGGUGAUUCAAGUGAAACAUCGGGUGAAACCGGAGCAAAGGACGAGACCGAAACCGAGCGACGUGAGGAACUUCCUGACUAUGUUUAUGGUGUUUGUGUUGUUCGCUGUGUGUUGGGCUCCACUGAACCUUAUAGGUCUGGCAGUAGCUAUAAACCCUGCAAAAGUGGCACCCAACAUACCCGAGUGGCUCUUUGUCACGAGCUACUUUAUGGCGUACUUCAACAGCUGCCUCAACGCCAUCAUAUAUGGACUACUGAACCAAAACUUUCGAAAGGAGUACAAGACAAUCCUCCUUGCCCUUUGCGUCCCGCGUUUGCUCCUCAUGGAAACCUCCAGGUGCGCCACAGAGGGGCUGAAGAGUAAGCCUUCACCGGCUGUAACAAACAAUAAUAUAGCUGAAAUAAAUGUAUAAAUUGAUGUUGUACUGGGCAAUUAAUUGUGCCAUGUUUCACUCAGUGCCUGUUCUGGAUGUCAAUGUUUUUUUUCUUGUUUUUAUGUGUGGAGUGAUUCAGAUGUCCCCCAAAUCUGUACCCAGUGGAAACCUCACAAAAACGACUCAGUUUUAAAGUUUCAUAGACCAGUGCCUCUCAAUAACCAUCAUUGAAUCGUUGAAAAGUAAAUUCAUUUCUGUAACUUAGUUCAGAAACAGAGAUUCAUCCAUCACGUAAGGUGAUCUAAUUCAAGUUUUUCUGUUCAUUUUGACGGUUAUGGCUUACAGUAAAUGAAAACCAUGAAUAUUUGUCUCUAAGAAAGAGUAUUGAAAUAAAAAAGGUUUUGUAACACCAAAAAUGUCAGCCAAAGCAAAGGUAUGUCCAUGUAUUGUACAAUAUUUGCAAACAAUACUUGAACAGGACUACUUUUACAUGUAUGUCCACAUCAAUGCAGCUUGGCGUAUAGUUUAUCCUUGUCAAACCUUUAUUUUGCCUGCACAUUUGGAUCUGGUACUUCAUCUUCCUCUUGACAACCCUACAUAGAUCAAUAUAAGUUCAAGUGAGCCUUGUUUGCUGACAAGUAGGGGCAGUGAUGCCAUGGUCAUUAAAGCAGGAAAUGGUAAUUUGACAGUAUGGGUAGGUGAACCAACACCAACAGAUGACAUGGCACCCAAAAUCAUCACUGUCUUUGGAAACUUCACACUUCAGCCUUGAUUCUGUCCCUCUCCACUCUUCCUCCACACCCAGUUCUAAAUUAAAUGCAAAAUGUACUUUUAUUUGAAAAGAGUGAGCAAAAGUCAGGUUUAUUUCCUCCUUUGUCCAGGUAAGAUGUUUUUGAUGUUUGUGCUUCAAGAUGUGGCUUAACAUAUUGUAUGUGACAGUUGUGACCCAUGGUUUGGAUACAUCUGUGUGUGGUGGCUCCUGAAGCUCUGAUUCAUCUGCAUUCCACACCUAGGGAAUUACCCCCAAAAUUACUGAAUUACCUUUGCUUCAGAGUCCUCUAAAUUCUGGUUAUCCCUGUUUUUUCAUCACACUUUUCCCAUUCACUCAGUUUUUCCAUUAACAGGCUUAGAUACAGCACACUGAACAGCCAGCUUCUUUGAGAAUUACCAUUUGUGGCUUACCUGGCUUCAGUAACUGCCAGAUGGACAUCUGUCAACUCAGCAGUCUUCCCCAUGAUUAUGCACACCAUAUAUGCACAAAAUAUAACAUUUCUGCACUGAA